AUGCGUCUUUCACCAGAGGACCAUGAUGGACCGAUUGAGUACAAAGUGCAGUUACUGGGUAUCGGCCCGGAGAGGUUGGAUCAGUUAUGUACACAGAUGCAUUUCCGGCUCGGAGAAGGUGGGGGCGCGGCAUUGUAUGAGAUCGGCGUCGGUGACGACGGAAAGUUGAUUGGACUCUUGGAAGAUGAUAUGCGGGAGAGUUUGGAGACAUUGUCACGGAUGGCGAACAAGCUUGAGGUUGGAUUACAGGUCGUGGGAUCAAUCCACGUUCCAAGCUCAGACCACGACGAAGACCAAGAUCCGCGUAUAUGCGCCGAAGUCCUCAUCCAACGACGACUCGAAGACCGCGCGUUCGACGAGAUCCGCGUCGUUACUAUUGGUGCGCACGAAUCCGGGAAGACUACGCUGCUCGGCGUCUUGACCCACGGUAUCCCCGACAACGGCCGCGGCCGCGCACGUCUCGCGCUCCUCCGUCACCGACACGAGAUCGAAACAGGACAUACCUCCUCCAUUGCGCACGAGAUUGUCGGAUAUGAUGCUGAUGGUGAAGCGGUUAAUUAUGCCACGAUACCCUUCUCGUUUUCCUCCAAGCAAUCCAUCGUUCGCGCGUCUGUCAAGGUGAUCGACUUUCUGGAUUGUGCUGGACACCCACGGUUCGCGAGACAGACGAUUCGCGGGAUAUUGGGCUAUGCGGCACACUACGCACUGUGCACUGUCGCUGCCUCAAGCGGCGAGGUCGGCGAAGUAGCGAAGGAAUACAUCGGGAUGUGCUUUGCCCUCGGCGUCCCUUCGUUCGUGUGUCUCACCAAAGUGGAUUUAGCUACCAAGGAACGGUUACGGACUACGAUGACGAAGUUGUAUGCGUUUUUGGGGAUGCAAGGGCGGGUACCUGUUCUUGUACAGAGUGAGGGGGAUGUGGAGACGUUUGUGCGGGAGAUGGAGGUGGGAGAGGGUGUCGUGCCGGUGUUUUUGACUUCGUGUGCAGCGAAUUUGACGUCGAUUCCGUUGUUGCAUACGUUUCUUAACGCACUCCCGGUUCCACCAUCCGUCCUCGACUCCGACACCAAUACCGAAAUGGGAGCGAGGUUCCACGUCAACGAAGUCUACCAACACCCAACCGCAGGCCUCAUCAUCGGCGGCGUCCUCCGCCGCGGCACCCGUCUACCCUCAUCACAAUCCUCCUCGGCUAUAUACCUCCUCGGUCCAGAUAGCGCAGGAGACUUCGUGCGGGUCGGGAUCAAGACGAUUCAUCGACAACGGAUACCGACGCCGUAUCUCUCUCGAGGCCAAGCUGGGACAAUUGCGAUAAGUAUCGAGGAAGGGGGGUUUAAGGUGAGGAAGGGGAUGGUGUUGAUUGAGGUUCCGGAAGGGGGAGAGGAGGAGGUGGUGAAGGCAUCUGGAAAGAUCGAGGUGGAGGUUGAUGCGGGUGUGAAUUUGGGUGUUGAGCAGGCGAUGGUAUACUUUGCUUCUGCGCGGGCGAGUAUCAAAGGUGGCGCCGCAUCUUCGCAUGAGACACAUGACGGGGGUCUGAGGACGGUUAGGUAUGAGUUCACGAGUGGGCCGGAGUAUGUCGAGGUUGGUGAGAGCGCGGUCGUGACGAGGAGUGAUGGUGAGAUGGCGUUUGUGGGGAGGGUUGUUGGGUGUGUAGAGUGGGAGGGAGGAGGUGGGAAGAGGGGGAGUUGGGGGAGUGCUAAGGUUUGA